AUGGCGUCUGACGAUCUCUAUAAUCUCGAACUUCUUUCUCUUGUCUCCAAAAUUACACAGGAGAUCAACAAUCACACAGGCUUAAGCGACAAGACUCUUGCCGAGUUUGUCAUCUCCCUCCAUGACCAGUGCAAAACACUCCCAGAGUUCAAGCAAAAGCUCAAGGAUGUUGGUGCCGACUUCCCCGAAUCCUUCAUCGAGAACAUGGACCGACUCAUUUUGAGCAUGCACCCGAAGCACAAGAAGAAGACGGCCAAGUCGAAGGGGAAGAAGGGGAAGGGCAAUGGGGCUGUGGAUGAACAGGACAAGCAGAAACGUCUGUUCCCGGGGCUUGCACUUGCGGACCAGGACUGGCAACCUAGUAUCUCGAAGGAUGCUUUGAUGAAGGAGGUCGACGAUAUGAUGUCACAAUUCGAGUCUACUUCGAAGAAGUCUCGACCAAGACCCAUCGACGACGAACCAUCUCCCAAACGACAACGACGCUCCCCAUCACCUCGACGCCGUAGCCCCAGUCCUCCGAGGGGUCGCUCAUAUGAUAGGAGAGACGACCGAGGGGGCCAUAGUAGGGGCGCAGUAGACGAGAGAGCCGUGCUUUACAAGGUUUAUGACGGCAAAGUGUCGGGUAUGAAGGAUUUUGGUGCAUUCGUAACGUUGGAAGGUGUUGCUGGAAGAGCAGAAGGUAUGGUUCAUGUCACGAACAUCCAGGCUGGUGCUCGUAUCAAUUCUCCAUCCGACCUCCUCAGUCGUGGUCAACCUGUCAAGGUCAAAGUGAUGAGCGUCGCCGGCAAUCGUAUCGGGCUCUCCAUGAAGGACGUUGACCAGGCCACCGGUCGCGAUCUUACACCUCAUCUUCGUAUCAAAUCUGAAGCCGAACUUAUCGAGGAGGAAAGGGAAGCGGCACGCAGGGCAUCUUCCGGAGCGAACGCUGUUCCUCUAAAUAUCAAAGACGAGCCUGUCCGAUCUGCGAAACGCCUCACGUCACCCGAACGAUGGGAGAUCAAGCAACUCAUUUCUUCGGGAAUUAUCGACGCUUCGGAGUACCCCGACCUGGAUGAGGACUUCGCGAAUCCGAUGGUUCGUGCGGAAGUUGAAGAGGAAUUGGAUGUCGAGAUUCGUGAGGACGAACCAGCUUUCCUUCGCGGACAAACCAAGCGCACGCUCGACCUCAGCCCCGUCAAGAUCGUCAAGGCGCCCGACGGUUCACUCAAUCGCGCUGCUCUCGCUGGCGCCUCAUUGGCGAAGGAACGCCGUGAGCUGCGACAGCAAGAGGCCAAUGAACUCGCUGAUUCGGAAGCCCGUGAUUUCAACGCCCCGUGGUUGGACCCUAUGUCGAAGGAGUCGGACAAGGUCUUUGCCCAGGACCUUCGUGGCACGCUUCGGGACGAGAAAGCUAGUCAGAAUCAAGGAUGGAGGGACAAGACUUUCAACAAAGCGACGACUUUCGGAGAGAUUACGAGUCUAAGCAUUCAAGAUCAGAGGAAAUCGUUGCCUAUCUAUAAGCUACGAGAUGCUCUGUUGCAAGCCGUUAACGACCAUCCUGUCCUCAUCGUUGUUGGUGACACCGGGUCAGGGAAGACCACCCAAAUGACGCAAUAUCUAGCGGAGGCGGGCUACGCCGACAAGGGCAAGAUUGGUUGCACCCAGCCUCGUCGUGUCGCCGCCAUGUCCGUCGCAAAACGUGUCGCCGAAGAGGUCGGGUGUCGUUUGGGUCAAGAAGUCGGGUACACCAUUCGUUUUGAGGACUGCACCAGCCCUGAGACCCGUAUCAAGUACAUGACGGACGGUAUGCUUCAGCGAGAGUGUCUCAUCGACCCCGAUUUAAGCAACUAUUCCAUCAUCAUGUUGGAUGAGGCUCACGAACGGACAAUUUCUACGGACGUGCUCUUCGGUCUUUUAAAAAAGGCAAUCAAACGACGUCCCGACCUCAAGCUGAUCGUAACUUCUGCCACCCUGGAUGCCGAAAAAUUCUCCAAGUACUUCUUUGGAUGUCCCAUCUUCACAAUCCCCGGUCGAACCUUCCCCGUCGAAAUUCUUUACACGAAGGAACCCGAAUCCGACUACAUGGACGCCUCUCUCAUCACGGUCAUGCAAAUCCACUUGUCUGAGCCUCGAGGCGACAUUCUUCUCUUCCUCACCGGUCAAGAAGAGAUCGAUACAGCGUGCGAGAUCCUAUACGAACGCAUGAAGGCGUUGGGCCCGAAAGUCCCGGAGCUGCUCAUCCUCCCUAUCUACUCUGCUCUGCCUUCUGAAGUCCAGUCCAGGGUCUUUGAACCGACACCCCCUGGCGCGCGUAAAGUCGUCAUCGCCACGAACGUCGCCGAAACCAGUCUUACCAUCCCUGGCAUUUACUACGUUAUCGACCCCGGAUUUUCCAAACAAAACGCGUACGAUCCACGCCUUGGUAUGGACUCGCUCGUCGUCAUGCCCAUCUCUCAGGCACAAGCACGUCAACGCUCAGGGCGCGCAGGACGUACCGGACCAGGCAAAUGCUACCGGCUUUAUACCGAGGCAGCUUACCGGAACGAGAUGUUACCCAAUUCCAUUCCCGAUAUCCAGCGGACGAACUUGUCACACACUAUUCUUAUGCUCAAAGCUAUGGGUAUCAACGACCUUCUCAGCUUCGACUUCAUGGACCCUCCUCCGGCGCAAACCAUGCUUACCGCCCUCGAGUCGCUAUACGCCCUUUCAGCUCUCGACGAUGAGGGUCUUCUUACGCGUCUAGGCCGUAAGAUGGCAGAUUUCCCUAUGGAGCCUCCUCUGGCUAAGAUGCUCAUCGCAUCGGUUGAAUUGGGGUGCUCCGAGGAGAUUCUGUCCAUUGUAGCCAUGCUUUCCGUCCAGAGCGUCUUCUAUCGUCCCAAGGAGAAACAAGGGCAGGCGGACUCAAAAAAGGCCAAGUUCCAUCAGCCUGAGGGAGACCAUUUGACUCUGUUAACGGUGUACAACGGGUGGAAAGGUGCGAACUACUCCAACCCGUGGUGUUACGAGAACUUCAUACAAGCGAGGAGCAUGAGGCGAGCUCAGGAUGUCAGAAAGCAGCUUUUGGGAAUCAUGGACCGAUACAAGCACGAUAUCCUAUCGGCUGGCAAGGACUAUAACCGUGUGCGACGUGCGAUAUGCUCAGGUUUCUUCCGAAAUGCCGCGAAGAAAGAUCCACAGGAGGGAUACAAGACCCUCGUUGAAGGGACUCCGGUCUACAUUCACCCGUCCUCAGCCCUGUUCAAUCGUAAUCCCGAGUGGUGCAUCUACCACGAAUUGAUUCUCACCACUCGAGAGUACUGCCACAACGUUACGGCCAUCGAACCGAAGUGGCUUGUGGACGUCGCCCCUCAAUUCUUCAAGGUUGCGGAUGCGAAUAAGAUCAGUAAGCGGAAGAAGCAGGAGAAGAUUGAGCCUUUGUACAACAAGUACGAGAAGCCAGAUGAGUGGCGUCUGUCGAAGGUCAAGCGCAAUGCCAGGUCCAGUCAGACCUUUGGUUGA